GCAAACCAUCCUGCAAACUAGCAUACACCAACAUUUUCAGUACACCGGUAAUUGGCCUAAUUGAAUUUGAAUGUCAAGCUACAUGGCGGUGAAUCGUGCAGGAAUGUGCUUGAUGCGAUGUUUAAAAUAGACGACCUAUCAUUUUUUUAUGUCACCGAAAACAACUCUUUAUUACUUUCCAAACGUGCAAAAUUACUAUCUUCCGUACAGUAAAUCAAUAUCUUCAGAUAACCUAAUAGCUUCUCCUGGUGUUCCUGUGUAAAUCAUUCGAAAGAUCAUUUUCUUUUUUUUUUAUUCUCAGUAUACCUAGCAGAUGGUUAAUGGCUUUAAACACAUCACGUACCCUUGCGCAUGGAGCAACAUUAAACGGAGAAGAUUUCGUGCGUCAUUUGCGGCUAAUCAGUCUGAAGGCGCCUGAAAGUACCUCUUGCCGUCGGUUCAUCAUAGGUCACUUGAGUGGAACUUUUAUUUUUUUGCAUCUUUCUCUCUCACUUCGCGUUGCCUUUAAGCCAUGCCGUUAAAGCAUGGUCGAUUAGUGUUUGACGCUUUUUGUCUGCAAAUUCUCCUCGGACACGUAUUCCCGUUCGUAUAUAUGCUGCGAAGCGAUCACAGCUACAUUAAAAUGAUACGAAGAUGAAGAAGAACGGCGACGAUAACGUGCAGGAAAUGCAUUGAAAUAUAGCAUUUAGCUUCGAACGUAACUCAUACCGUCGAAGUGGUGAAUGUUGAUUGAAAGCGCGUUGUUUUUAUUUGUAAACAAAGUUGUUGUUUAUCGCACACGAAAUUGAUACGUACGCGCGUACGGAUGGUAUGGUUCACAUAACACGCGUACCAUGUAUGUUCGACGAACAAGAAUAGAGAGAAUGGAAGGUUAUCUCGCUUCGAAAGUCUUAUCUCGUACCGAUCCUCCUAACAGCCACAGGAAAUGUAUUAUAUGUUUGCCAAAAAAAAAAGAUGUCUAACAAUUAAUUUUAAAAUCUCUUUGCAGCUCGCGCUCUGUGCGAACCAGAGAAACGGUUUUCAUUGCCACGACCUGAGUAACUAAAUUCCAACGCACAUCAAACAUGCAAGAUGGUCUCAUUUCCCGCGCGGGUGCCACUAUCUACAACGAUGCCUUUUCGGGCAAAGGGCCCACCAACUACGACCCCGUGAACGGCACGGGUCAAUACUCGCCAACGAAAUCAUCCUGCGCCCAUCUGUCUCGUCCAUCUCCUCCUUCACCCCAACACACACCAAACGGUGACUUCAAACUUUGCGGAUACGAAGGCACGAUGAACUCCUGCGGUCCGCUAGGUGAUGAAUGUGUACCAAAUACCGCCGGUACAGGUGCCGGCAAAGCAGACAUCUUUGGCGUGCUGGAAUUUUGGUUAAGAUUACGAUACGACCUGACGACCGUACCGUGGGAACAGUUGAAAACGGUUCAGCUUAAGAACCCACGUGCUGCGCCCGGCUGUGCAUACAUUCCGACAAAGGUUGAACACAUUGCGAACAUAAUCACGCACGGAACCUGGGUGCUACCUUCGAUGUAUGCUGGAUUGCAGCUUUACGAUCGAAGCCACACGCCUGCUCAAACGUUGGCGGCUGUUAUCUACGGUGCCGCCCUAUCGAUGCUGUUCUUCGUGUCGACUUGCUUCCACUGUGUCUGCUACUGCAAUCACAAUCGUCCGCUAAAGGAUGCGCUGCACCGAUGCGAUCGUGCCAUGAUUUACAUCUUCAUUGCCGGUUCGUACUAUCCGUGGCUUAGCCUAGGUCACACGACCCAUCCACAGAUUGUGUCGGUGGUAAAGUGGAGCGUUUGGGUUAUGGCGGUGCUGGGCAUCGUCUAUCAGCAGAUGUACCACGAACGGUACAAGUGCUUGGAAACGUUCUUUUACGUUGUGAUCGGGCUCGGUCCAUCGGUUGUGAUUAUACUGUGGGGCCACGAAUUUACCGGUAUGUCCGAGCUAAAGUUUGGUGGCAUUCUGUACAUUAUCGGUAUCGUGUUCUUUAAAUCGGACGGGCUUUUCCCGUUCGCCCAUGCUAUCUGGCAUCUGUUCGUGGUGUUUGCUGCAUCCGUUCAUUACUUUGCCAUCAUGACACACCUGUUCCCGGACUCGAGCGCCAUCGUUACGCCUGUGGUUGGAUCCGUGGCUGGUUAAACUGGGUACAGAAGCUAGCAAGAAGCUGCAGAGAGGAAGGUGAUAUUUAUAUCUUUUUGUUUUCAUCCAUUCUCAUAUGCAAAUGCGGGUUAGAAAUCGAUUGAUUGAACGUUAACGUUUCUUUUUUUUGUGUUUUGUUCAUACAACCUUGUGUUCAUUGUUUUUAAAUAGAGUUGGUUAUUUUUGUAUAGUGUAACAUAUAGGUACUUUGAGGCAGAUACAGGAGAUAAGCUAAAGAAAAACAAUGUAUACAAAUAAUGGCAUACCCCACUUAGGAAGAAAGGAAAGUUUCUUAGAAACAAAUAAUAUAUUUCUAUUGUAACAUUUUCGUACCAGUGUGGUGGGUGAUGUGGUGAACUAAUUGCGGAUGGACAAGACGUCCUUUCGGGUGUAGCAGCUAAUGGAUCGAUUUGCCUAACACGUUUCAACCCUGCUCAAUUUAUUAGUAGAUAUAUUAUCUUUCCAAUCUAUAAGUUUUAGACAUUUUUUGUCUAUUGGUAAUACUCAACAAUGAUGCUAUAUAUUUUGUACUAUUUUUCUCGAAGUCUUUUCUUAAGUUUGUACACCUCUACAAAACAAAUUGCUCGAGGCAGAUAUCCUGCGCAACAGACAGGGAUGGGGCUAGCAUAGUUUUUUUUUGUCUUAUUGUGAUAUGUAGCAUGUUUAAGAAAUGGUUUAUAGUUAGUUAGAAUUUUAUUUUUCACCAGUACAAGCUGUGGUUUAAAUUAUCCAUAGGCAAAUGCAGUACAUUAGCAGAAAUGCACAUACUUCAUCAAACACAAAGAAACUGGAUAAUUAUGGUACCAAAAUACGCAAACAAGCAUGUAGUGUAAGUGAAACCACCUAGAAAAAACAAAUGUCGAUAAUCAGAAGGGAGCUCUCUAUGUGUUGGGGUUUAUUAGAUGAAGUGUAUUGAUAUUAUUAUUAAGGGUUUGAAGGGAAAAUAUAGUAGAGCCUUACCGAGCGGUUAACUCGACAUUUGUCUAACCGGUAGUGGUUAUACACCGGUUUAAAGUCUGAAUAUCGUUAGUGCGGGUCUAUAAAGUAAACUGAAUUCACCGACUACAAUGUACCGGAUGGGAAGGAUGGGUCAACUCGUAGCCAAAACAAUACACCGUAAUCGCUAGAUACUCGACUUUAUCACAAUCAAUCGAAUAGCGAAAGUCUCUCUUGAAUAUUUCACACCAACAAAUGCUAAAUACUCGAAAGAUCACCAACCCACCUUUACAGUAGAAUUAAAUAGCAUUGAAAAUAGGUUUGAAAAACAACAAACAGUUUACUAGUUUUGCUCAGCUCGGAAACAGAAAAUAUACGACAAAUAUGCGCACUGGUGGUAGCAAAAAAAGAGGUUAACAACUAUUAAACAAAAAAAUAGUAUUCAUCAGUAACAAAUGUGACCAAAGGAAAUGUGUAGACGAUUAGAAACCUCUAUAAAAUUUCAACCAUUUGCAAAAUAUAUCUUAAACAAAAGAGAAAAAUAGUUAACCACCGCCUAGAGCAGAUUCCCAUCGAUCGUGAGUUGUAAUAAACAAAAAGUGUAACAUUUCACAUCGUAAAUACUUCCUCCAAACCAGUUAAUACAAUUAAAAUAUUGAAAGUUCAAA